AUAAGUUUCAGUAUCAUAAAUUUCCGAACUUCAAAAUAUUACUCCAAUAUCAUAGACUCUGUUUUUAAUUGUUCCUUGAGCUUAACGAAACACAAUAAUACACACUGGGGCUUUGUCCCGUUAAGAUUUUAUUCUGUUUUUACGAGAAAGUGAUUGAACCAAAUAAUAUUAUACUUCUGGGGGGUUCCGGGAUUGUUCACUCCAUAAAACUGAGAGAAUCAUUUGAAAGAGAUAAUCGAUAUAGACGAUGGUGAGAUCAUAUUUACCACCUGGUUUCAGAUUUCACCCGACAGAUGAAGAACUAGUGGGGUAUUACCUGCACAGGAGAAACGAAGGCCUUGAAAUUGAGCUCGAAAUAAUUCCAUUAAUGGAUUUAUACAAGUUUGAUCCUUGGGAACUUCCUGAGAAAUCCUUUUUGCCAAAUCGAGAUAUGGAAUGGUUUUUCUUCUGUCACCGAGACAGAAAAUACCAGAACGGUUCUCGAAUAAACAGAGCAACUAAAUCUGGUUACUGGAAAGCCACUGGUAAAGAUCGAAAAAUCGUUUGUCAGUCUUCUUCUUCCUCGUCGACUUCAUCAAUCAUUGGGUGUCGAAAAACCCUAGUUUUUUAUCUGGGUCGAGCCCCUUUUGGUGGUAGAACCGAGUGGGCAAUGCAUGAGUAUCGUCUCUUUGAUAACGAUACUUCACAAGGAUCACUGAGUUACAAGGGAGACUUCGCGCUAUGUCGCGUGAUUAAGAGGAAUGAGGUUACACUUAAGAAAUGUGAAACUAGCUCACUGGAGGUUCCAGAUGAGCCAUUGACCAACAAUGUUGACAUUCCUUGCGAAGCAAGAUACAUAGGAAAGGGUUCGUGUGACGCAAGUAAUACACUCCGGGCUUCUCCUAAUUUCAUCCUUGGAUCAUCGACUAAGGGGAAUUCACAAUCGCAAACAGAAGAAGAUUCUGGUUUCCAAGAGUUUUCACUACCCGAAAUCGAAUACCCACCAGAGUUCUUUGCAGAUUUAAAUUUCGACUGGGGAAUGGAGAAUCCUUUUCCGUUCGUACAGUAUCAAGAAGCUCAUGUGAACAAUGAAGUCAUUAACUAUGAUGUUCUUCGAUUGGAACCAAAGAAAAGUGAGAUGAAGAUAUAUGAUUAUUAGAUAAUUGAAGCAGAUUGAUGGAGGAGGGUGGCAGUUUACAGGAAGACUCUCAACCCACAUGCUGCUCAUUUUUGAUUAUUAUGUCAGAUGCAAAACCUUGACCAAUAAUUCUUUCUCUAUUUAAACAAAAAUAAGCGUUGAAAACAAUGUUUAGUUGACAAAUUAUUAAAUAUUGAAUUUGUACAACUUCUAAAUGACUAAUUUUGAUCAGUAUUUUAUAUAAUAAUCAUCAUAUGCUUAACAUAUAUAAGCAUAUCUAGGUGAAUUUGUUAAAACAAAAAUAAAAUAAAAUAAAUAAUUAGUUAAGUAUAUUUAUAUCUAUAAAUAUAAGUCAAUAAAGUAUAAUAUUUAAAGUAUGCAUUAUUUCUUUUGAUAUAUUUAGUUUACUAAUAAAUAUACUAAAAUAUCAAGUUAUCAUAAUUUAUUCUCUCCAAUUAUUCAAAAUUUACUUUUAUGUAAAAUAAAUAUUGAAUUUGUGGUCACAGCAAGUUAAAUUAAACUAAAAGAAGAGGUUUUUGUUAUUAAUUAAGGAUAAAGAAAAAUUAGUAUUUUGAAUUUAUUAAAAAGCAUUGAAAGAAUACCCAUGCUACGCAUGGGUGAAACAUGCUAGUAAAUAUGAAACUGCAAGAUUCUCUGCAGCAUCAGCUAGUAGUGGUUAUAAAAUUUAUAAUUACACUUUUCUAAGACCUUUUAGGUCUCAAAAUUAUGUUUAGUCAAUGUAUAAUAUAUCUACUAGUCUAGCUACAUAAAUAAAUAAAAGAAUUAUUGGAUACUUUUGUAAUUUGUUGAGAUUGGCUUUGUAAUUUAAUAGAAAGACUAACCAACCUUACACUAUCAUCGCCGAAGAGAGAGAUUCCUUAGCAUCUUUCGUAUUAGCAUAUAUAUAUGAAAAAAAAAUUACAUUCUUGAUUUGGCCAUCCUCAGAUCACCAGUUC